AAUAAAAAGCGAGUGAGAAGAGAACAGAGCCUAACAUCACUCAUCUACACAUCCUGCAAUCGACUCAUCAAUCUGUAGUCGACGACGAAGAUGGCCUCACAUCUCUGCAAAUCUGCUUCCAGAGCCGCUAGGUCUCUUCUCUCCGCUUCCUUUCACUCUCAAGGACGCGCCGUAGCGGCGGCUGCAGCUGUUGCAUCCAUUAGAAAGGUUCCGGUUUAUGCUUCAAAUUACGGGAGAACUGGUUCUGGAAAUGGAUCUACCUCCUGGAUUGCAGGAGCACUCGCUCUUCCUGCUGCAGCUUACCUGAUCCAAGAUCAAGAGGUGCAUGCUGCCGAGCUGGAGCGCACUUUCAUUGCCAUUAAGCCUGACGGAGUGCAAAGAGGGCUGAUUUCAGAGAUCAUUUCUCGUUUCGAGAGGAAAGGGUUCAAGCUUGUGGGAAUCAAAGUAUUGAUUCCUACAAAGGAAUUCGCCCAACAGCAUUAUCACGACCUAAAAGAGAGACCCUUCUUCAAUGGAUUGUGUGACUUCCUGAGCUCUGGCCCUGUUAUUGCAAUGGUAUGGGAAGGAGAGGGAGUUAUUACCUACGGCCGCAAACUAAUUGGAGCCACAGAUCCACAAAAAUCAGCGCCUGGAACCAUUAGGGGUGAUCUCGCCGUUGUUGUUGGAAGAAAUAUCAUCCACGGAAGCGAUGGUCCAGAGACGGCAAAGGAUGAGAUUAAGUUGUGGUUUAAGCCAGAGGAAUUGGUUAGUUUCACUAGCAAUUCAGAGAAGUGGGUUUAUGGUGACAACUGAAUUGGUUGUGUUCCUCCUUCUACAUGAUGGAGUUUUCGGAAAAAAAAUAAAUUAUUAUGUCAGUAAACGGCAAUACUGAACUCUACAAGCCACCGAUAAGGGGCUGAGUAUAAUAAUGUUAGCGCUAGCAUACAUGUCAUUCAGAUAGGAAUUGUAUUGUUUCAUUUUCUGUUUUCUUCAGUCUGGUGAAGACAAUCUUUGACAGUUUAUUUGUUCGAUGUUACCAAUAAAUCAAAACAGACAAGGUUAACAA